CUAAUAUCUUAAAAAUUCCCAAAGCAGGAUUAGGCGAAGGAAAAUACUGUAAAAGAGCGCAAUUUGUAAACCAUAGAGAAAAAUGACACCGCGUGACCUCCAAUACGGGAAUCUUGAUACAGGGUUUGGGGUCCUCACCCAAACCAUAUUAUGAAAAACAAAGCAAAUAUAUGUAGCUUUUAAAGUAAGAUAAUAUAUUAUUUGUUAAAUUAUUAUUCGCGAACCUAUCGGAUUACAUUAUGGUUAUUUAAAUAUUAUAAUUUAUAUGCAUAUAAAAUUAUAUAUCAUGUAACAAACGUUUUAAACCGAUUCGUGAUCCGACCAAUAAAUUUCAAACCAUGCGACACCAAUCAACCCCAGGCUUAACCAUGUCAACCUUGCUUUAAGUUUUUCUUUUUAAUUGAAAAUCUAAAUUAUUCCGAAAAUCAUUUGGGGAAAAUGCUCGAGCUGCUGUCCACAUCAUUGUCAGCCACGUCAUGUGUUCCAUUUGAGAGCAUAGAGACUUUCUCCGUGGGCGCUGCCGCAGAGGAGCUCUUUUACAUUUUCCCUUUCCAUACUUCAAUUCUCAAAAAAAAAAAAAAAAAAAAAAGAGAGCUCGUCUGUCUUCCUCUCCGAGUCCACCACCGUGGAACCGCCAGAUCGCCUCCCCCCGACGGCGACGUGGCGGCAGCGCGCGGCCAUUCCCCUUUCUGAUUUUCUCCCCGAAAGUGCUUGAAUAAUCACACUUUACCCCACUACACGUGUCACUCUGUCGUUGGCUACCGCCUCCCUUUUAUCCCUCCGCUCCCUUCUCUCUCUCUCUCAUCUCCUUUUCCCUCUUCUCUCUUAAUUCCCCCUCAUCUCUCUCUCCCUUCCGAUUCCCCGAUCCAUGGACUCGGCGGACGAGGAAAAAGACCAGCAACUCGACCGAGACGACUCACUCUCCGAUCUGGCCUCCUCCGCGAGCUCGUCGAGCGCUCUAUCCGCUCUCUGGACGGAAGAUUCCUCCCGCAGCGGCAGCGCCAGCUCCUUCGACAUCGGGAGCUCCGGCGAGAUUCCUCUCUCCGAGGUCGAAUUCGCCGCGGCGGCGGCGACGAUGGAGGUUUCGGCGGCGGCGAGGGAGAAGUGCGUCGGCCGGAAGAACAACAGAGCGGUGAGCUGGGGAUCCACUUCCGUGAUCGGGAGGCGGCGCGAGAUGGAGGACGCCGUCGCCAUUGUCCCCGGGUUCAUUUCCCGGACCUGCAGCCGCGUCGGCGGGUGCGCUGCUCCAGGUUCCGCAACCUCCGCCGAGGUCUCUCCCGUCCACUUCUUCGGCGUUUACGACGGCCACGGCGGCUCUCAGGUGGCGGAUUUUUGCAAGGAGAGGAUGCAUCAUGUGAUAGCAGAGGAGUACUGGGAUCGGGAAACUGCGGAGAAAACAGUACCGAUGGCCGCCGCCGUCGGGUUUGAUGUUGAUGAUGAUCAGUGGCGGAGAAGGUGGGAAGCUACGUUCACCGGCGGGUUCGGGAAGGCCGACGACGAGAUCCUGGCUGAAGCGGUGGCACCGGAGAUCGUCGGGUCGACGGCUUUGGUUGUGGUGCUCUCCUGCUGCCAGAUCAUUACGUCCAACUGUGGGGAUUCCCGUGCAUUGCUCUGCCGUGGGACGCAAGCUAUCCCAUUGAGCGUUGAUCAGAAGCCGGACAGAGAAGAUGAACUGAAGAGGAUUGAAGAUGCAGGAGGGAAGGUGUUUAACUGGAAUGGUGCUCGAGUGCUUGGAGUCCUUGCCAUGUCCAGAGCCAUAGGCGACCGGCACCUGAGGCCGUAUGUAAUUCCGGUGCCGGAGAUCACAUUCACGGCAAGGAGGGAGGAUGACGAGUGCUUGAUCGCGGCAAGCGACGGGCUGUGGGAUGUCAUGACGAACGACGAGGUUGGGGAGGUAGCUCGGAGAGUGCUAAGAAGGUGGCGCCGAGCGCCGGCGUCGUCCAGCAACAGUAACAUCACGGCGGCGCAAGCGGUGGCUGACAGCCUCACCGAGAUGGCGUACGGCAGGAAUAGCUCCGACAACAUCUCCGUCGUUGUGGUCGAUCUCAAACCCAAGAGACGGCGGGCGGUGCCUGCAAGGGCGCCCGAGCCGCCGCCAUGAAUACAUCAUUAAUCACCGUUCCUAUCACUCUAAUUGGUAAUCUUCUUCUUUAAUUUCUUUCCAAAAUUUGUUAAUUGGGUGGAAGAUUAAUCAAGCUUCCAAGAAAUUUGUGGAAGACGAGAGUAAUAGCUAGUCAGCCGUAUAUAGUACAUAUAUAUACCAUUGUUCCUUUUCAUGUGUUAUUACAUGAAAUGAAGAAGGAAGAUGGUCUUCUCUUUGGCAAAGAGGGCCAAGCUAAUUACUAGCUUGAUCGAGAUUUAUGGCAAGAGGUUGUGAAUCUCUCGACUAAGUACUUGAUUUGGAGGAGGAGGCAUGCAAAUUGAAUGUAAUGUAAAUGUGUGCAUAAAUAGGACAAAUUCGAUGUCGGCAUCGUUCUAACAUUUGGUUUACAGACUAUCUCUAACGAUUACUAAUAAGAGCGCGUAUUAAUACUAUCAGCAAUUCUAGUUAUUGAAAAUUACAGGAUGAUAACUAAAUUCUACUAACUACUUAGAUAUCUUGUAGGGGUGGCUAUACGGUCCGGUCUAGUUAAAUUGGAUCAAAUUGAUCCGGUCUCAGUCCGGUCUUUUCGGGAAUAUAAGGACCAAAGAUUGGAUUGGAUACACUCCGGUCUUUUCGGGAAUAUAAGGACCAAAGAUUGGAUUGGAUACACUCCGGUCUUGACCCGGUCCGGUCCCAAUUUGAUUUUGAUUUUAGAUUGAGCUUGUGGGAAUUUGAGUGUUGGGGUCUCUUAUCUGGUCUUUAUCCGGGUUUUUUACCUCAAAUCUAAGCUCGAAUAUGAGAUUGAAUUGUUUGAUAUCCGGUCCCAAUCCAAUCCGGGUUAUACGAUCCGGUUUCGGGUAAAACCAAACAGUCCUGGACCAAAUUGCCAGCCCUAAUAUCUUGUACAUGUCAGAGGAGGAGGGUGAAGAGCGAUGUCAGCAUCAUGCUGGUUGCUGCCUGUUAAUAUAUUAGGGUUUCUUGUCAUAUGUGAUACGGUGUUUUCUGGUUAAUAAGAAGCAAAUAACUUGUAUUUACAUAGAUUGUAGGGAUCCACGAUCAAAUUCAAAGGUGAAAAUUUGGUAUCCCAAAAGGCUUAAUUGUGUGAGGAACAUAAUUGGGGGAAAAUUAUGAGUUUAUAAUAGUCAAAUUUUCAUUAUUAACCAAUCCCAUCCCAUGUUCAUAUACUGUGUUGGCAUCAUAUUAUUAAUCAGUUUAUAAAUUUGGCCUAGUUCAUAUCAUGUUAUUAGUAUCUAAGCAAUUUAUGAUAGCAUCAUUUACUUUAAAUUAUAAAUGAGACAUAUAUAUGUAACUCAUAUACCUAGAGUCUUAAACAUUAUAUGGGGUGAGAUAUAUAAUUUAACAAAAUUAUGAAUUAUCAAUAAGCCAACUCAUAAAACAUAUAUUGAUUCGCUGAUAAGCCGGUUAUCAAGUUGGCUCACAAACCACAAUAUUGAGAUCUCUCAUGAGCUCAAAACAAACCAGCUUGUGAGUUGAGCUCAACAGGCCGUCAAAGCGAGUUGACUUGCGAGCCCGCAAACUGAGCAAGGCUUAUCUCAAUCUCGACUCGUUAGAAAAAAGAGGUGUGUUUCUAGCAAGAUCUUCCUGAACCAAAUGUCGAACCACUUUUGAACAACUGAACUCGCAGCCCCUAUCGUUGAGUGUCCAGAUUUUCAACCACAUGAUUUAUUCAUUCAUGUCAAAUAAGUAUCCUAAACACUGUCCACAAAGAGGAUCAAAAUGGGCUCAAUUAGUACAAAACAAUUUUGUUUGUAUUUCAGCAAUACCUAACCUUUCCCGGAUUUAGUUCCAUGCAUAAUUGGCAACUUGGGUACCAAAAUUUCACCUUUGAUCAAUCUCUCAUUCAUGGGAAAACACUAAAUCCAUCCACCAGAGUGUUGAAAAUAAUCGAUGAUUUGUCAGCAGUGAUAAUCUAAUAUAGUAGCUAAUUGUAU